AGUGUAGCUUAUUCGAACUUCAGGAUUUAUCAGCAUCAAAUCCUAUAAUUGCUUCAAAACUGACUAAUACUUGCUGAGAGAUAGUGAAAUGUUCCGGGUGAAAAGUUGGUGACUUAAAUUUGUAUCGAGAUGUGUAGUAACGAGAGUCCUAGUACACCUACUGCAAGGUUCCCUGCUGUCCCAACAUUUCCAGGAUUAGAUGCCAACAUGACUCCAAGAACUCUCAUGCCGAUCGAACAGUAUCGUCUUCAACUUUAUCAAUACGCCGUGGCCGAAAGAUUACGUUAUCCUUUACUGAAUCCUUUCCAAGCGCCGCUGCCAUGCUAUCCGACGCUGUUUCCACGAUCGCUGCAACCGGAAGAACCAAAACCGCAGCACAGUUACAUUGGACUGAUAGCAAUGGCGAUUCUGAGCGCUCCAGAAGGAAAGCUCGUCCUGUCGGACAUCUAUCAGCACAUCCUAGACAAUUAUCCAUAUUUUCGAACCAGAGGUCCUGGCUGGAGAAACUCAAUUCGACACAAUCUUUCCCUGAACGACUGCUUCAUAAAAGCUGGAAGGAGUGCCAACGGGAAGGGACAUUAUUGGGCUAUUCAUCCUGCAAACAUUGAAGAUUUUCGGAAAGGCGACUUUCGCCGUCGCAAGGCACAGAGGAAAGUAAGGAAACACAUGGGACUUGCGGUAGACGAAGAUGGAACUGACUCGCCGAGUCCACCGCCGAUUUCGGCGAGCCCUCCUGCUGCUCCAGGACCUUCUACAGCAGCUUUCGCAGCACCUCCAACUACUAAAGUCUCCUCCAGGAAGCGACAGUUUGACGUGGCGUCACUUUUGGCACCCGAUUCAGGCGAGGAAACAAACGAAGAAGAUAUCGAUGUUGUUAGUGGUGACCAAAAUCAAGAAGAUCAAAAAUGGCCCAUGUUGCCUAUUGUAAAUUACUAUCAAGCACUUUUACAAUCCAAUAGACCUUCAGGAAACAGUAGUAACACUACCGACACCAAAUUCAAUUCCUUAGAAAACAAGGACAAUGUUUAAAGUGACGACAGGACGUUACGUUAGACUUUUUUAAACUUGUAGUGAUUGAAAGUUCGAAUUUAUUUUAAGCAACGACGUUAUUUAUUAUAAAUUAUCGCUGUGAACAAUACUACAAAAGACCUAAAGAAAACA